AGCUGGGAGACUGUGAGCCGCGAGGGACCUCAUCACACCUCAGCCUCCUCUGAGGCUGUAGGCACUGCCACAUGGACACGGGCACUGCUGUGGGACUGCAAUCUGCUGGGAGGACACGGGCUCUGGGCUCUGCUGGCACCUACCUGGGCAUCGCUGCCAUCACAUGGGGCAUGGUGCUGUGGGUGGAGGUGGGUGCCUGGACGUACCACUACAGUGACGGGGACUACACGUGGGAGCAGGCCAGGAAUUACUGCCAGACCUUCUUCACCGACCUGGUGGCCAUCCAGAACCAGCAGGAGAUCCAGUACCUCAACAGGAGCCUGCCCUACCACAGGCACUACUACUGGAUCGGCAUCCGCAAGCUGGACGGGGUCUGGACCUGGGUGGGCACGAGGAAGGCGCUGACCCAGGAGGCAGAGAACUGGGCCCAGGGGGAGCCCAACAACCGCCGCUCCAACCAGGACUGCGUGGAGAUCUACAUCCAGCGGGCACAGCAGGCUGGCAAGUGGAACGACGAGCCCUGCAGCCGCAGGAAGAAGGCGCUGUGUUACAAGGCCUCCUGCCAGCCCUUCCCGUGCAGCCAGCGUGGAGAGUGCGUGGAGACCAUCGGGAGCUACCGCUGCGAGUGCUACCCCGGCUUCCAGGGCCCCGAGUGUGCUGAUGUUGUGCAGUGUGCCAAGCUGGAGCCCCAGGGAGUGCCCAUGAACUGCAGCCAUCCCUACGGAGAUUUCAGCUACAACUCCACCUGCGAGUUCAGCUGCCACGAGGGGUUUGAGCGGCGAGGGGCGGGCGUGCUGCGGUGCCUGCCUUCCCAGGAGUGGUCAGCAAACCUCCCCACCUGCACAGCCAUCACCUACAGUCUCAAGUGCACGGCCACGGGGACAUGGACAGGGGAUGCCCCUCGCUGUGAAGCUAUCAAAUGCUCAGCACUGACCACCCCCAAGAUGGGCCAGGCUGCCUGCUCCCACCUCCAUGGGGACUUCACCUUUGGCUCCACGUGUGCCUUCUCCUGCCAGACAGGGUUUGUCCUGAUGGGGCCAGAGAGCCGUGAGUGCACAGCCACGGGGACAUGGACAGGGGACCCCACACACUGCAAAGCCAUCAGCUGCCCAGAGCUGUCCCCCCCCAGCAGAGGCCAGCUGAGCUGCUCUCACGUGUACGGGAACUUCUCCUACAACUCCACGUGUGCCUUUUCCUGCGAGGAGGGCUUUGUUCGGAUGGGAGCAGAGCUGCUCCACUGCCAGGCCACGGGCAACUGGAACAGGGCUGCCCCUGUGUGUGCAGAGGAUGGUGCCUUCCUAAAGCAAGUCCUGGCUUACAGCAGCGGCUCAGCCCUGGCACUAGCUGGUGUUGUGCUCUCUGGGGGACUCAUUGCCCUCCUUGCCAAGAGGCUCAGUGACAGAGAGGAGAAAAGGAAGCUCCUGAAACCCACCAGUGACCUGGGAGCGCCGGGCACCUUCACCAACACAGCGUAUGAUGCCAACCUGUGAGCUCCAUCUCUCCUGUGCCUCCAGCCUGCCCAACACCAAGACCCACCGUGUCCCCAGGGCAGGAGCUGCUGCUGGAGCACAGAGGGGCUCCGUGCCCGUGGCUGUAGCCUGGACCAGCGCUGUCCCUGGACACUGCCACCAUUCCACAUGUGCAUUCUUCCCUGAGAAGGGGAGCAGCUGGAGACCCACCAGGGGCCAAGAGCCACGUGCUGGGGACAGUCUGCCACCCCGCCCUUGGACAUUCUCCCACCAGGAAUUUGGACAUUCCCUGGUGGCUGCUCCACUCACGCUUCCACCUCUGAGCUUGUGUCAGCGGGGUCUGAAUAAACACCUUUUUCUCACUAA